UACGUCGACGUCACCGACCGGAAGUGAAUGAAACAGCCGCGCUAAACACGCAACGCAGAGGGUCACAUUGAACACACAUCAAUGUUUCAUAAUAAUAAACAAUCUAGUCACUAAUAACAGUAACUGAGGUGUAAAUGGAUUCGUCUAAAGCAGAGGAGCCGCAGCUGAGACACGUGGAGAAGGAUGUGUUGAUUCCUAAGCUGAUGCGGGAGAAAGCCAAAGAGAGAUGCUCUCAACAUGUGGACGCGUUCAAUCGCUGCUGUAAAGACGCCGGCUUCUUCAUGGUGUUCAGGUGUCGAGAGGAGAACGCCGCUCUGAAACAGUGUCUGACGCAGCAUUAUCAGGAUCCAGCGUUCUUCGAAGAGUGCAAACAGGAGUAUCUCGGAGAGAAACACGAAUACGAACAGACGGGGAUUCCAGCCAAGAACCGGAAGCAGAAGCUUCCCACCAGCAUGUAGAUGGACGUGAUGAAGAACACCGCAGUGAGGAGGAGGAGGAUGAUGAUGGACCAUGAAAAUCAUUUCUGGCCGUUUUUGGAGACGCUGUUGUCUCUGAUGGUCGUUCUCUGUGUCUGUUGGUUUAUAUUCAUGAUUAGCUCUUAUAAAUCAUCACUUGCACCUAAAGCCUAAUAAAAAUUCAUAGAGAAUGUUUUUGAAUCACAUCAGAUGUGUAUCGUCCCACCGACCCCCGGGGAAUUACUGCCGCAGAACCUCAAAUCAGAUGCCUGCUUUUUGUUUGUUUUGUUUUAAAAUACAACCUCAGAGUUAUUCAUGAUGCUCGUGUUUGGAUGAUUUUCAAUCAGUUUGUGCUUCAGAUUCAGGAAAUGAAGUUCAAUUAUAUCCGCCAGGAAUGUGUUCACUUUCUGUAGUGGAGUGUCUGUAAUUGUUUCUAGCACUGUGGCAACAUUUUUUUUAAAAUUCAAAAUAUAAUUAUAUAAAUAACUGGUGAUAUUAAUUGUGAACUUUUGAAAAAAUAUUAUAAAUAUAUAUAUAAAUGUGACCCUGCAGCACAAAAGCAGUCAUAAGCAGCACAGGUAUAUUUGUAGCAAUAGCCAACAAUACAUUGUAUGGGUCAAAAUUAUACAUUUAUCUUUUAUGCCAAAAAUCAUUAGGAUAUUAAGAUCAUGUUCCAUCAAGAUAUUUAGUCAAUUUCGUACCGUAAAUAUAUCAAAAGUUCAUUUUUGAUUAGUAAUAUGCAUUGCUAAGAACUUCAUUUGAACAACUUUAAAGGUGAUUUUCUCAAUAUUUAGAUUUUUUUUUGCACCCUCAGAUUCCAGAUUUUCAAAUAGUUGCAUCUCAGCCAAAUAUUGUCCUAUUUCUGUAUUCUACUCUCAGAUGAUGUAUAAAUCUCAAUUUCAAAAAAUGUAUCCUUAUGACUGGUUUUGUGCUCCAGGGUCACAUAUAUAUUAAAUUUGAGGUCAGUAAGAUUUAAUGAUUUUAAGAAGUCUCUUCUGCUCACCAAGGCUGCAUUUAUUUGAUCAAAAGUACAGUAACAAAAAUUGUGAACUAUUAUAAUUUCAAACAGCUGUUUUCUGUGUGAAUAUGUGUUAAAUUGUAAUUUAUUUCUGUGAUGUGCAGCUGUAUUUUCAGCAUCAUUACUGCAGUCUUCAGUGUCACAUGAUCUUCAGAAAUCAUUCUAAUAUGCUGAUUUGCUGCUCAAGAAACAUUUCUGAUUAUUAUCAAUGAUGGAAAUAGUUGCACUGCUCAAUAUUUGUUGUGGAAAACCGUGACAUUUUUUUCAGGAUUCACAGCUCUUUCAGAACAUUAUAAAUGUCUUUGUCACUUUUAAA